UCAGUACUUCUCUUAGCUAGCACCAUAUGCAUUUCUUUAAUGAUCACUUGUCACAAUCAUCUCUCACUACAUUCUUACAUGGGCCAUGCAUUGUACUAAUAUCAAUUUAUUGCUUUCCAUCAAUUACUGAAUCAGUAUUCACAUGUAACUCUUGCUUUGCUAUUACCACUGCCAACCAUUCACACACCAUUUUUUGCUAUCCAUUCAUAUAGAUCUUCAGUUCCUUCCAACUUUUGCUGAUACAACAUGGCUGCAAUAGGAACUGCUUUUCUCUUUGCAACUGUUCAAACCUUAGUUAAGAAACUUGCUUCCAAAGAGUUUCUUAAUUUCAUUAAAAACACAAAGCUCGAUCUCUCACUCUUGAAACAGAUAAGACUAACACUACUCACUCUUCAACCUUAUCUAGAUGCUGCAGAGGAGAAGCAGAUCAACACUCCUUCUGUCAAAGAUUGGCUUGAUGGCUUGAAAGAUGCUGUCUACGAUGCUGAAGAUCUGCUCAACCAUAUUAGCUAUGAUUCCCAUCGAUGCCAUAUGGAGAACACGCAAGCUGCAAGCAAAACUAAACAGGUCUGGAACUUCUUUUUUUCUCCUUUUAAAAAUAGCUAUGGAGAGAUCAAUUCCCAAAUGAACGACAUGUGUGAAACCCUGAAACAUUUUGCUGAAAAUAAAGAUAUCCUUAGUUUGCAAACUAAAAGUGUCAGAGUUUCUUAUAGAACACCUUCAACUCCUAUGUUCAAUGAAUCUGUCAUGGUUGGUAGGAAAGAUGACAAAGACAAAGUAAUGAACAUGUUGCUAUCACAAAGCAGUACUAGCUAAAACAAUAUGGGUGCAGUUGCGCUAUCCAUAUUAAAAAGAUACUGAAGAGUGGAUUGAAGUUCUGAACAAUGACAUAUGGAACUUAGAGAAUAAUAAUAUUCUGCCUGCGUUGCGCCUGAGUUAUCAUUAUCUUUCGUCUCAAUUAAAAAGAUGUUUUUCCUAUUGCUCUAUUUUUCCAAAGGACUAUCCACUUGAUAAGGAGCAAUUGGUUUUGUUGUGGAUGGCAGAAGGCUUCCUUGAUCGUUCUCAAGACAGAAAAACCAUGGAAGAAGUAGGUGAUGAGUGUUUUACUGAAUUGUUAUCAAGAUCAUUGAUUCAAUAAUUGAAUGAUGAUUCUAGUGAGCAAACUUUUGUCUUGCAUGACCUUGUUAAUGAUUUAGCUACAGUCGUAUCUGAAAAAAGCUGUUACAGACUUGAAUUUGGCACUAAGUGUUAAUCAGGAAAUAAUCAAACACAUUUAUUGUAAAUAAUUUACAUUCAUAGAAUAGAAAAUUAGUCAUUAAGAGCUGUAAUUAGUUAUGAUUAGUCAUUAUGAGUUGUAAUUACCGACACUGUUAUAUAUAGUAUCAAAUACAAUGAGAAAGGCAUCA